UUAAUACAUGUAAAAAGCAUUGUUAGUUCAUAAUCCAUAAUGCAUUAACUAACAAACUGAACCUUAUUAUAAAGUGUUAACCAGUUAAAUUAUUUUAGAAGCUGCGGUGAACUGUAUCUUGGGACAUAAUUAACCAUCAAAACAUGUGCGUAUGUUCAGUAAUAUGAUGCUUUAAGUAAACGACUCUUGUUGAGUUUACAUUAAUGGAGUUAGUUCUAAUGAAUUAGGAAACGUCAGUUAACUGAGAAAAUGAUGAGCGGAACAAAAAUAUUAUUGGUCAUUUAAUCGGAUAUGCGAGGCGGUAUCAAUUCCCAUAUAUCCGUUUGAAACACUGCGCCAUAAAUGGAAAGAGGGUAUUUAUAUCUAGAUGCGACCACAAGGUUUCCAUACACAGUAUGUAUUCUCAAGUAUCUACCCUGAUUCUCACUUCAGCUAGGUCAUGCUAAGCUGAAGCUGCGACAUAAAAACAUGAACAAAAUUAAGUUUUUAAAACCUCUUCUUUUUUGAUAAGUCUUAUAGUUGAAGUAUAAAAAUAAAUAAAUCUUCAUUAAAUAAUGAAUAUUAUUUAUCCACCUUUUUGCAAUUGAUGCUGGACGCUUGUAUUGGCGCCCAAGAUCAUGUGUCACAUUAAGGGAUAAACUGUAUGUACUCCUGACAGCCAUGGGGGAUUUCCAUCAUCAUCCGGUGGACGCAUUUAAAAUCCCAUCCCCAGUGACUGCAAUCGCAAAAAGAUAUAUUUGGACUCUCUAGAAAUAAAUUUAUAUGUGAGGAUUUUUUAGGCAGGCAGCAGGACAUCACGCCCAUUAGGUUGACUGUGAGUCAAGCCAUAGGUCAAACUACGCUUAUGGUUGGCAAAUAAAGUGUCAUUAGGAAAUGUGCCUGAAUAUACCUUUCAACAGCUUAGCACUGCUGAUUAUUUACAUGGAUGCUUGUGUAACUAGAAGAGUUAAGGGACGUAAAUUAAAAAUAAAUAAAUAAACCCAUUUGUUGAGUUCAAGAUUAUUAAAAAAUUCAAGGAGCAAGCCUUGUUUUGUUAUUUUAUUACAAUAAAGCGGCUUUUGUCCACCUGUUUAACCAACUGGAAUGAGUAUUGUGUGACUUGACCUUUCAACUGCCCCAUGAGGUGACCUCCCAAGUUACAAGCACAUGAACAGAGUAGAGUAACUCAAUAAAGACAUCAUUUCAAUCAAACAGCAUGAAUAAUUGACUGAAAAUAAAGUAAUAAAAAAAAAACUGUAAAAAUAAAUAAAUAAAUACCAAAAGUACAACAUCAAUUUAUGAUAAUAAAAUUAAACUUUAUACACACACACACACACACACACACACACACAUUUAUACAAAAUCAUAAAAAUUAUAUAAAAACAAAAUAAAAUUUAAUUUAGAUUUAUCUUGUCCGAUAACUCUUAGACAACAAUUAUGACAACACAUUGCAUUUAAUUUUUUGUUAACAUUUUUAUAAUAUUUUAAUAUAAUGUAUGAGAUGCCAAAUUGCCAAUUUUUUGUCUCUAUCGCUCCAACAGAAGGCGCUGUUGCUACUAUUCAGCUAUAUCUAUAGUGAUUUAUAAAUACUUUUAAAGAAAAAAGAAUAUUUUUACAAAUAAAAACAAUCAGAUGCACUGACUAUUUUUUUUCAACCAUGAAAAUAAAUAAAUAAAUAAAUAAAUAAAUAAAUUCCUAGAAAACCUUGAAGCAUUUGUCACACAUAUCACAAGUACUAUAUUUAAAAUACAUUUACUUCAUACUAAGUAUAGCUCAAAUCUAUUAACAUAUUUACUGACAUAUCGCUCUAGACUUACUGAUAUAAAAUUAGAAUAAAACUUUAUUUGGAGUACUACUUGUGCAAAAUGCACAUUUCUUAAAAAUGCCUAAAAUGUGUUUUAAUGUAACUACUAAUGAAGACUGUUUGAUCUUUGAAUAAUAUCAGUCUUUAAAUGCAAGAUAUUUAAAGUGUACCUGCAGAAUACUUUCAAUAGUUCCAAUUUAGUUGGACUUUAGCACUAAUUUCGCACAAUUAAAGUGCAUUAGGUAUAAAAUUAUUUGCUCCAGUUUAGCAGACUUUAAGUAAACCUGUUUAGUAUACUAAAAGUACAAUUGCAGGGUGUUUUUAUUAAGUACAUAAAUAUGUAAAUGUAUUUGUAGUGUAUACUAUUUUUUUUUUUUUUUUUUUUGCACCAGGGACAUUCUUCAGAAUUUAUAACAGUUUUGUCUUGAUUUCAAUAUUUUCUUUCCUUUUUUAUUUCUAUAUAGCAAGAACUUUUCCUUACUGGUCUUAAUAUGAACAUUUUUGCCUUCAGUGGAUAAGAAAGGAGAAAAAGAGAGGAAGGGCUAGAGUGAAUCCAACACUUUGGGGGGCUGUCCAAUGUGCUGCCUUAAAUUAGCCGUGGGAGAGGUUGGACUGAGGGUGGAGCUUUGUGCUGUCACUAUCUCCCUUGUUAAGUAUUACCUGCAGUGCUUUAGUAGGUUAGCAGCACUUGUGCUGUGUGUAAAGAGAGAGGAGCAAACGUAGCAGUGAGAUCAAAAACAAGCCUUGAGAAAUCAAGGGAAUCAUCCUAAAUCUUGCUUGGACACUGUGGUGCAUCUAUUUUUGCAAGUGCAUGCAGUGCAACUAGCUAUAAAAAUAUGGCUGGUUGUCUGCAAAGAAAAAGGCUGAGUGCAGCAGGAGCAACUCUGAAGUGCCUGUUUAUAUUGAUUUCAUUAGGAUGUUGUCUCUCUAAAGCGGACGCAGAUCCUUUCGACGCGGCCUUCCGCCACAGGCACCGAUCUGGACCUACUGCUGAAACUAUAUUGGUAGCCAACAACGGGAUUAGAGUUCCCUUCGGACGCUCUGUUUAUCUGGACCCUAUCAAUGACCUUGUGACUGAAGUGCACGCGGGAGACCGCUGCCACAUUACAGUCCUGGACAAUGACCCUCUGGCCCAGAGACCUGGAAUGCUUACACCCAAGAAGUUCCCCUGUGCUUUUGGAGCAGAAGAGGUCAAAUAUACUCAUUUCGGUUCCCGGAGCCCAAGCAAAGACCACGUAAAACUACAGCUGAGGUAUGACUCCCACACAGACACGGUGGUGGUUCCUUUCAUUCUUGAAGUUGAAGUGGUCUUUCAGCAACUGGAGAUUCUCACUCGUAACAUGCCUCUGGUUGUGGACAAGCUGAAUGGGCUAAGCAACCCAAUUGACAAAAAAACACUGGAGUUUGCGUAUGAAGAUGGUGUCACUACAUGCAAGGUAACCACACUGGUUGGUGCAGGCAAACUUCCAAGGUAUGGCAGUCUUACUGAUAACUCUGUUAAUGGCCAGAUGAUUAAUUGCGAUGAUUUUGUCAAGAAGGGAAUUCAGUAUCAACACACUGCAACCACAAACUCUCCUAACAGAGACUAUAUUCCAAUGCUAGUGGAAGUACAAGAUAAUGAUGGCAAUACUAUCCAACAGGAACAUUUCCAGAUAAUGGUUAGAAUCAAAGAGGGUACUGAAAAUACACAACCAAAGCCUAGCUUUAUAUCUAUGAUGAUGAUGGAGAUUGACCAAUUUGUGAUGACAGCCAUUACUGCAGAUAUGCUGGCAGCUGAAGAUAUUGAAUCAGAAUCUGAAGAUUUAAUCUUUAACAUAACAUCUCCCCUGGGCUAUCAGCAGGGCUAUAUUAUCAGCACAGAUGACCAAAACCAGCCAAUCACGUCUUUCCAUCAGAGAGAUAUUAAAGAUCUGAAAAUCGCUUAUAAGCCUCCCUCUGAGGAUUCAGACGUGGAAAGAAUUUUCCAGAUCGAAUUCGAAAUUGUUGACACUGAUGGUGCUGUUUCUGAUCCGUUUGCAUUCAUGAUUGUUGUGAAGCCAAUGAACACUUUAGCUCCGGUGGUAACCAAAAACACAGGACAGUUGCUUUUUGAGGGUCAAUCAAGACCACUAUCCAGCUUACAAAAUUUAGAAAUCAGCGAUGAGGAUAAUCUUGAUGAUGUGAAGAUUACAGUUGUUGAUGGCUUGAAACAUGGAGAACUGACAGUGCUAGGGUCUCAAAGAAAAUUUUUCACACCAGCUGAUCUGGAUGCUGGCAGUGUUGUGUAUCAGCAUGACGGAAGUGACACCUACAGCGACAAUAUUAUAUUUAGAAUGACUGAUGGCAGUAAUGAAGUCGAGUUUUUAUUCCCCAUCACAAUUGCUCCCACUGAUGACGAACCCCCUAUUAUAAAUGCAAACACUGGUAUUGUGCUUUUCAAAAAUGAAGUGAUGCAGAUCUCCCCCUUUAUUCUAAGUGCCACUGACAUUGAUUCAGAAGAUUCAACAAUUAAAUUCAUAUUAGAAGAGCCGUACUCAGGCAUCGGUGAGCUGCUCCUCAAGCAGGUGGAGCCUCCUCCGGAUCCAUCUGCAUGGAAAUUUAGUGCAACAGAUGAGAUGUUUGAACAGGUGGUGACUGAAUGGUUUCAGCAGGAUAUUCUGGACGGGAAGCUGUUUUAUCGUCAUAAAGGACCUCAUAGUACCACAACUGUGAUUGACCAGUUUGUCUUCAGAGUCCAGGAUGACAAUGACCCACCAAAUCAAUCAGGAGAGCACACAUUCACCAUUAAAAUUCAUCCGGUGGAUGACAUUCCUCCAGAACUUUACCCUGGCACCACAUUGCACAUGGAGGUCAAAGAAUACGAGCUCACAUUUUUUAGAAAAAAAUAUCUACGCUACACAGAUCUAGACUGUGAUGACAGAGAUCUUAAGUACACCAUCAUCAAACCUCCUACUGACACAGAUGAAAACAACCCUGUUCCUCUAGGUGCCAUUGUGCUGACUGACAGCCCUGACAUCACAAUCAGUGAGUUUACGCAAGCUCAGGUCAACCACCACAAAGUGGCAUACAAACCCCCAGAACAAGAGCUCGGGAUUACUCCCAAAGUGGUCCAGUUUACAUUCAGCGUGGAGGACACUGCUAGCAAUUCAGUUGAUGGACUGUUUACAAUCUUUUUACAACCUGUUGACAACAAACCCCCUGUAAUCACUAACACUGGCUUCACUGUCCUCGAGCGAAAUACCUAUAUAAUAACCAAAAAUGAACUGGACGCCUCUGACCAGGACACUGAGGAUGAGAACAUUAAAUUUACAGUGACCCAGAUUCCCAGGUUCGGGCAGCUGCAGUAUUUAGGAAUCGACAUGUCUAAUGGGCAAACAUUUGUGUUGGAGGAUAUCGAAAAUAGCCGACUGGCUUACAUCCACAGUGGUGAAGAAUCUCUUCAGGAUGUCAUUAAGCUAGACGUUAGUGAUGGCUUCCAUGAAGUCCCCAUUAUUGUCAAGGUCAGCAUCAAGCCGGUCGAUGACGAAACGCCAAAAAUUAUGUUACCGGCAGGUUUGUUAGGGGCGUCUAUUGAUGUACUUGAGAACGGCGCGACAGAAAUCACCAGUAAUGUUAUCCAGGGUCGUGACGAAGACACGGAUGACCUCAUGCUGACCUUUAUAGUUGAGGAGCCUCCAAGGCUAGGAGAAAUAAUGGUGAAUGGAGCUCCAGCUGAGCGCUUCACCCAGCAAGAUAUAAUCAAUGGUGUGGUCGUCUAUGUUCACACUAGUGGUGAAAUUGGUCCCAUCAAAGAGCACGAUUCUUUUAAUCUCACCAUUUCUGACAUGUCGGAUGAAUGGGUUGUUGGUGGCAACAAAGUCCAAGGGGUUCGUGUCCACGUCACCAUUCUCCCUGUAGACAGCAUCCCACCUAUAGUCAAUGUGGGUGGACAGUUUGUAGUAGUUGAGGGUGAGAAAAAUGUUAUCACAUUAGAGCACAUUCAAGCUGAGGACAUUGACACUGAUAAUGAUGAUAUCUUAUGUACUAUUAUCGUUCAGUCCACAUCGGGCUAUGUGGAGAACAUCUCCCCAGCUCCUGGCUCAGAAAAAUCCAGAGCAGGCACUGCCAUCACUGCGUUCACCAUUAGAGAUGUUAGUCUAGGCCACAUCUAUUACGUCCAAAGCAUUCACAAGGGUGUGGAGCCAGUGGAAGACAGAUUCACUUUCCGCUGCUCUGAUGGCAUUAACUUUUCAGAAAGGCACUUUUUCCCCAUUGUCAUCAUCCCAGCCAAUGACGAAAAGCCAGAGAUUUUCAUUCGUGAGUUUGUUGUCAUGGAGGGGAUGAGCUUGGUUAUCGACACUCCUAUUCUGAAUGCUGCUGAUGCAGACAUCCCAAAUGAUGAAUUAACUUUUGAAAUACUCAAAAAUCCAAAACAUGGAAACAUAGUUCAGCAGUUGAGCACUGGAACAGUUGCAGUGGUAAAGUUUACCUUAGAGCAGAUCAAGGAGGCUUCCAAUAUUGUUUAUGAGCAUGACGACUCUGAAACCAAGGAAGACAGUUUUGAAAUCCGACUCACUGAUGGAAAGCACACUGUUGAGGAAAAAGUCAUUAUAAUGGUCAUUCCUGUUGAUGAUGAAACCCCAAGAAUGGCCAUCAACGACGGCCUGGAAGUGGAAAUCGGAGAAACCAAAGUAAUAAGCAACAGAGUCCUGAAGGCCACAGAUCUGGAUUCUGAGGACAAAGAGCUUACCUACAUUGUCCGCUACGGACCAGGCCAAGGCUAUCUUCAGAGAAUUACCAAACAUGGACUUGUCAUUGGCAACAUUAGUAUUGGAAUGAAUUUCACUCAAGAUGAACUUGACAAACAGUUGAUUCAGUAUGUUCACACAGGCCAGGAGGGUGUCCGUGACCUGCUAAAGUUUGAUGUAACUGAUGGAAUCAAUCCCCUCAUUGAUCGCUACUUCUACAUUAAUAUUGGCAGCAUGGACAUGGUCUUCCCCGAUGUUAUCAACAAGGGUGUGACCCUCAAAGAGGGAGGUAAGGUCACCUUGACCACAGACCUUCUCAGCACAACUGACAUCAACAGUCCAGAUGAGUAUCUAAGUUUCAGCAUCACUCGUGCUCCCAGCAGGGGCCAUCUUGAAAGUACCGAUCUCCCAGGGGUGCCCAUCUCCACCUUCACUCAGCUGCAGCUAGCUGGCAACAAGAUCUACUAUAUCCAUACUUCUGAUGAUGAAGUGAAGAUGGACAGCUUUGAGUUUGAGGUCACAGAUGGCUACAAUCCUGUCUUCCGCACCUUCCGUGUAUCCAUUACGGACGUCGACAACAAGAAGCCAGUCUUGACGAUCAACAAGUUAGUGUUGGGUGAGGGAGAAACCAAGCUGAUCACACCCUUUGAAUUGACAGUGGAAGACCGUGACACACCAGACAACCUGCUGAGAUUUGUAGUGACUCAAGUGCCAGUUCACGGACAGCUUCUGUACAAUGGUACACAAGUCAUUACAUCAUUUACCAAGCAGGAUCUAAAUGAAAACCUUAUUACUUAUAGGCAUGAUAGCACAGAGACAAAUGAAGACAGCUUUUCUUUCACAGUUACUGAUGGAACUCACACUGAAUUUUAUGUUUUCCCUGACACUGUUUAUGAAACUCGUAAGCCUCAGGUGAUGACCAUUCAUAUCACCACAGUGGACAAUGGGGUGCCUCAAAUAGUCGUAAACAAAGCAGCACCCACUCUAAGGGUUCUUCAUACUGGGCAUCUUGGAUUUUUGAUUACCAGCAAAGCUUUAAAGGCUGAGGACAGAGACAGUCCAAACAAAGUGCUAAAGUAUGUUGUAACUGAGGCUCCUCUUCAUGGCUUUAUCAUGAAUUCUGCUUUGGGCAAUGAUAGCAUCAAAUCCUUCUCACAGGCUGAUAUUGAUGACAUGAAGAUUUGUUAUGUGCUUCUUGAUGGGUCCAAUGCCACAAGUGACAUAUUUUACUUCUCAGUGGAAGACAAUGGGGGCAACAAACUGAAACCACAACCAUUCCGUCUGAACUGGGCUUGGAUAUCUCUAGAAAGGGAAUACUACAUUGUGGAUGAGGAUGCAAAGUUUCUGGAGGUCACCCUCAAACGCCGGGGAUACUUGGGAGAGACAUCAUUUGUCAGCAUUGCCACCAAAGACGGUACAGCAAAACAGGACAAAGACUUCCGCGGCAAAGCUCAGAAACAGGUCCAGUUUAACCCUGGCCAGACAUCCGCCACCUGGAGGGUGAAGAUAUUCACCGACCAAGAGUUUGAAACUUCAGAGAUGUUCGAAAUCCAGCUUUCAGAGCCAGUGAUGGCUGUUCUUGAAUACCCUGAUACAGCCACUGUGGAGAUUGUAGAUCCUGGUGAUGAGUCCACAGUAUUCAUCCCUCAAGCAGAAUAUCGUAUAGAAGAGGAUAUAGGAGAACUAUUAGUCCCAGUACGAAGAUCAGGAGACGUCAGCCAAGAACUAAUGGUUAUUUGUUACACACAACAAGGCAGUGCAACCGGAACCACCCCCAGCACAGUGCUCUCCUAUUCAGACUACAUCACGAGACCCGAGGACCACACCAGCGUCCUCCGUUUUGAUAAGGAUGAGCGAGAGAAGUCGUGUCGCAUCAUAAUCAUUGAUGACUCCCUCUUUGAAGAAGAGGAGAGCUUCAAUGUGUCCCUCAGUAUGCCAAUGGGUGGCCAAGUGGGAGCCAAGUUCCCCAGUGCCAAAGUAGUCAUCUUGGCCGAUAAUGAUGAUGAGCCAUCUUUCUAUUUUGGAGAGACUGAAUACACAGUGGAUGAGAGUGAUGGUUAUGUGGAAGUGAAAGUGUGGAGAACUGGAACUGACCUUUCAAAGACAGCUACUGUCACAGUUCGCUCCAGGAAGAGUGACCCUGUUUCAGCAGAAGCGGGUCUAGACUAUGUGGGAAUCAGCCGUAACUUAGACUUUGCUCCAGGUGUGACCAUGCAAACUUUUCGUGUGACUAUUCUCGAUGACCUUGGGCAGCCUGAGCUGGAGGGACCAGAGACGUUUGAGUUGGUGCUGCGUAUGCCCAUGAAUGCCGUCCUUGGAGAACCUAGUAAAACUGUCAUCACCAUCAAUGACACCAUCACAGACUUGCCUAAAGUCCAGUUUAGGGAGGCAGAGUACAAGGUGGAUGAGGCCGAUGGAGAGGUGAAAGCAAUGGUGUACCGUAGUGGCGACAUCAGUCAAAGGUCCACAGUCCGCUGUUAUACUCGCCAGGGAUCUGCCCAGGUCAUGAUGGACUAUGAUGAACGACCCAACACUGACGCGUCUACCAUCGUGUUCCUACCAGGGGAGAUCGAGAAGCCAUGUGUGGUGACUUUAGUGGAUGACACGAUUCAUGAAGAGGAUGAGGAGUUCCGCUUGGUUUUGGGCACACCUAAGAGCAAAUCACCAUAUGGAGCUGCAGUAGGAGAACAAAAAGAAGCUCUGGUCACCAUCACUGACAAUAAGGAUAAGUCCAUCAUCAGGUUCGCCGAGAUCAAAUACAGUGUUAGAGAGCCACAGCUUCCUGGAGAGAUUGCUGUAGUGAAGAUUCCUGUCCUGCGGCAGGGCGACACCUCCAAGGUCUCUGUAGUGAGAAUUCACACCAAGGACGGCUCUGCGACAUCAGGAGAGGACUACAAUCCCCUAUCUCAAGAUGUGGAGUUUAAAGAGGGUGAGACAGAGCAUGUGGUGGAGAUCCAGGUUCUCUACGAUGGACAAAGAGAGAUUCGUGAGGCUUUCACCGUUCACAUGAAGCCUGACGAGUAUAUGGUGGCUGAGACACAGAUGAAUAAGGCUAUUGUGUACAUCGAAGAGAUGAAUAGUGUGGCUGAUGUCACAUUCCCAGCAGUGCCUCAGGUGGUGUCACUGCUGCUGUAUGAUGAUACAAUUAAAACCAAGGACAAUCCCCACCCUCCAACUGGCUAUCCUGUUGUGUGCGUUACGGCCUGCAACCCCAAAUACUUUGACUUUGACAAGACUGGCUCCAUUUGCUCAGUGGAGAACAUCAAUGACACAAUGACUCAGUACCGCUGGAUGGUUAGUGCCCCUAGUGGACCAGAUGGAGUCACCAGCCCCAUGCGAGAAGUGGACACCAACACCUUCUUCACUAACACCAAGUCCAUCACCUUGGACUCCAUCUACUUCCAGGCUGGUUCCCGCGUGCAGUGUGCCGCCCGAGCCUUCAAUGCCAAUGGAGAUGCUGGGUUGGAGCUCACUUCACCCAUUGUGGUCAUCAGCCGAGAGGAGGGUCUGUGUCAGCCUCGUAUACCUGGCACAGUGGGUGCAGAACCGUUCUCAGCUAAAAUCCGUUACACUGGUCCGGAUGACCCUGACUACCCCAAUUUGAUCAAACUCACUGUUACUAUGCCACACAUGGAUGGCAUGCUGCCUGUUAUCUCCACACGUCCACUUUCCAACUUUGAGCUAACCCUUAGUCCAGAUGGCACACGUGUAGGUAACCACCGCUGCUCUAACCUCUUGGAUUUCAACGAGAUCCAAACGGCACAUGGUUUCAUCACUGACGCCACAAAGAACCCAGAAAUUAUUGGCGAGACUUUACCGUACCAGUACAGUGUGGCCAUGCGUAGCACCAACUCUCUUCGAUUCUACCGCAAUCUUAACCUGGAGGCUUGUCUGUGGGAGUUCAGCAGCUACUACGACAUGUCAGAGCUCCUGAAUGACUGUGGGGGAUCCAUUGGCACAGAUGGACAGGUGUUGAAUCUUGUUCAGUCCUAUGUGACCCUGCGGGUGCCUUUGUUUGUGUCCUAUGUCUUCCACUCUCCUGUUGCGGUUGGCGGCUGGCAACAUUUUGACCUACGGUCUGAGCUGCGGCUCACCUUUGUGUAUGACACCGCCAUCUUAUGGCAAGACGGUAUUGGAAGCCCACCAGAAGCUGAGCUGCAAGGUGCCAUGUAUCCCACCAGCAUGAGAAUAAAUGAUGAAGGCCGUCUUGUUGUCAAUUUCAAGACUGAGGCUCGAUUCAGAGGACAGUUUGUCAUGUCUCACCCAGGAACCACUCUGUCCUCAAUGGUAAUGUCAGUGGACCACUCUGGACUUACAUUCACCCUCUCCCUAAUCAGAACUGAGCCCACCUACAACCAGCCCAUGCAACAGUGGAGCUUCGUUUCUGACUUUGCUGUGAGGGACUAUUCCGGCACCUAUACUGUGAAGCUGAUUCCAUGCAUUGCUUCACCUAACGGGGAGUUCAGUAUACCUCCUGUGUGUCACCCGAGGGAACCCCUCACCUUCGACAUGGACAUCCGCUUCCAACAGGUGAGUGACCCUGUAGCAGCAGAGUUUAGUUUGAACACACAGAUGUUCCUGCUGUCGAAGAAGGAGCUGUGGCUGUCUGAUGGCUCCAUGGGCUUUGGAGAGGGCACGGACACUGCCUUUAUGGAAGGUUCAAACAUCUAUGGCCGUGUGAUGGUGGAUCCAGUGCAGAACCUGGGUGACUCUUUCUCCUGCAGCAUUGAGAAAGUGUUCCUAUGUACUGGCACAGAUGGCUACGUGCCAAAAUACAACCCUACUAAUAAAGAGUAUGGAUGCCUUGCUGAUGCUCCAUCCUUGCUGUAUAGACUUAAAAUCCUGGACAAAGCUCAGCCAGAAACUCAAGCCUCCGCCUUUGGAAAUGUCAAGUUUGAUGCCACUCUUGCUAUGGACACCCCUGGAGCCCUGCCUUUGGUCCGACAGCCUGGAUCAGACGGUUUCACCCUGUCAUCAUCUCCCCUCUUCCAGGUCGCCGCUGGCCGUGAAUGGUUCAUCCACACCAUCUACACACUCCGUUCCAAAGAGAAUGCCAGUCGUGGUAAAAGAAGCAUCGAGUACCACCACGCUAUAUCCUCCAUUGCUAACUCUGGCACCCAAUCCCGAAGUCGACGUGCAGUACCCGACCCAGAAGCUUUUGAAAUUGGUGUUGAGAAUAACCGAGGCACCAACAUUCAGCACAUUGCCCUGGAUCGCUCAAACCGACUACGGGUGAGUCAGUCAUGGGGUCGCGAGACCUACCUGGAGCAGCCUCUGGUGGAGGGGAGCCUGGGUAAGGGGCCUGGUUCAGAUUCCUCUCUUCCAGCUGGCAUGUCUACGUUGCUGGGGGUGGCUGGGCUCAUCCUGCUGGUAUGCCUGGUUGUAGUUCUGGUGGUUCUCUUGAUGCGACGCAAGAGGAAAGAGAAAAAGUACCCACCGUAUUCCACUUCAUCCUGCACAGCGUACAACAGGGAGCCCAUGAGACACAACGUGGACAGCUCUGAGGUUUAAACACCCCUGUUCCGUGUUCAAUAAGACAUGCCAAAACUAACUCUCACUAUGGUGCUCUUCUUUCCAAGAAGCAGCUGAAGUUGAGGAGAUCUCAAAAGCCUCAGUUCAAAUGACAACAUCUAAUAUGUGGCUCUCCACAGCUUCAAUGAAGACAUCUUGACUUCAAGACUCUUGGUCAAACAAAAGGAAGUUGCUUGUUGCCUUUUUCUUAAGAUUAAGUUUGAGCUUCGUAGUACUAAUGUUAUUUUAGCAUGCUUCCAUUGUAAAUCUGUGAACCAGAAUUGGCCACAGUCACCCUACACAGACAAACAGAGUGAAUCUGUGCUUCAGCUUGUGUCAAACUCAAAUUAUCUGAAAUUCUAACAAGCGUUGCUCUAUUAUGAAUAUUUUUUUUCCCCCAAGUUCAAAAUAGAUUUAAUUGUAAACAAGAAUAAAAAGUAAAUUAACCCCAACAUGAAUGCAAAUGUUGGGCAUCAAGCCCAGGAAAUUUAAACUCGUUUAAGAUCACUGGGCAUUUUUUUUUUUUUUUUUAAUUAGUCCAUUUUAUUUUCAUUCAAUAUGUAACAGUUCUUCAGAGUGCGUGUGUGUGUUAGAUUUGUUAAGCAAGCUGAAAGAUGCAAGAACUGGCUUCUUCAAACAUUUAUGUAAUAAAUGUAUCUAUUUUUAUAUGUUCCAUGACAUGAAUUGCUGUGUGCAAGAGCACAGGUCAGCGUUCCCACAUGACUGAUGUGUUGCUAUGCAAAGGGAGCGUGACGUUUAAUAUUAUUAAUUCAAGUUCGUAACUAUUCAGAAUGUACUUAUUUUUAUACCUUUUCAGGAUGUUAACGUGGUUCAGAAUUACACAAUCAUUCAUAUCUGGUGUUAAAAGGAGAGACUGGUGUCAACAAAGUAAAACUUGAAAACAUGUGAACCACAUACUUUUUUCAUUUAGAAAUCAUUACAGAUUUGCUGAAAUAAUGCUGAAUAUGCAAAUUUGAAUUUCAAACCGUUGCUUGUAUUUUUUCUUUUUUUUUUAAAUUUUGUGGCUUCUCAGUUGAUAUUUCUUUCAAUUUAUUGUUUAAUGCUAUUGUUCAGUGUAUUAAAAUGUAAUUGUCAGACACAAACCAAGAUUUUCUUAAACCAAUAUUUUGUAAUUUAUAUCUCACCCUGUAUUACUGAAAAUUUCUAAACAUCAAAUAACACUAGGACACAAGUUUUAAACCCAACAGAUUUAAAGAAGUCUGUGUCAGCGAAUACACCAUUAGCCUUGUGUUUAAAAACUGCCGUUUUAUUAACUGUAUAUGUUUUUGAGAACUAUUUAAUGUCAUUUUCUUUUGCUGAUGAAAAGAAUUCUGUUAAGAUACUUGGAUACUUGUUUCAUUAUAAAAUGCCUGUUAAGUGUUUAAAAGAUAAAUGCCUACUUCUAUAAC